AUGUACGUGGACGACGUCCUAGCAGGGACACACACAAGAGAAGAGGCCAUCCGGACCAUUGCGGAAGUGUGUGCAGCCCUGAACAGCGCUGGCUUCCCGCUGAGGAAGUGGACGUCGAACCAUAAGAGCGUUCUUAAGGACAUUCCAAAGGACCAUCUACUUCGAGAAGAUUUCCUCAAACUCGAAGACUCCAGUACGGCGAAAACUCUGGGCAUCAGGUGGCAAGCUCACGAUGACGAGUUCUUCUUCAUGCCACCAGAAGUUGCCCAUCAGGACUCCUACACGAAGAGGGAAGUGCUCUCGCAAAUCGCUAAGCUUUUCGACCCAGCCGGGUGGCUGGCCCCUUUCGUUAUCCGAGCCAAGAUCUUCAUGCAGGAGAUCUGGCUGAGAACGCUCGAAUGGGACGAGCAUCUACCCACGGAUCUCUCACUCCAAUGGAAGGAGUACCUCCAGAGCUAUCCUGCUCUGGGAAAGAUCCGGAUUCCAAGAUGGGUCCAAUUCCAGACACGGGUGAAGCUCCAGUACCACGGAUUCUGUGAUGCAUCAGAAAGGGCGUACGGAGCAGCGAUCUGUGUCCGUGUGGAGACGGCGAACAAGGUUUCCACACAUCUCCUUACUGCAAAGACAAAGGUGGCUCCUGUCAAGUCUCUCUCAGUGCCACGUCUGGAGCUUUGUGGCGCAGUCCUCUUGGCUGAAUGGACAACCUUUGUGGCCAAUCGCGUGGCCAAGAUCGUCCAAGCCAGCGACGCCAAGAACUGGUCGCAUGUGCGAUCCGAGCACAAUCCGGCAGAUCUCGCAAGCCGAGGUGUCCUGCCACAAGAAUUGAUGCGUAAUCCUUUGUGGUGGCAUGAACCAGAGUGGCUUCAUCUCCCGUCGGAUCAAUGGCCAACAUCUCCAAGUCCCAUUUCGGAGACUCUGCUGGAGCAACGGAUGAUGUGCAACGUCGCUAAGUUACCUCCUACUCCUGACUUCCUAAAUAAGUUCUCUGAGUUUGGCAAGGCAUUGCGCACGUCCGCCUAUGUCCUCAGAUUCAUCGAUAGGAGUCGGAAGUUGGCAGUUCCCAGCUCUAUCGUGGUCCAGGCGGAUGAGCUGUCACGGAUCCAAGAGCGGCUAAUCGUCAUGGCUCAACGACACACUUUUCCACAACAAUACCAAUGUCUGCAGUCCAAGCAGCAGGUUCCUUCCUCAAGUUCAAUCCGAAACUUGAAGGGGAUUCUACGGGCCUGUGGGCGUCUGAGGGCAUCCCACUCGCUGCGUUACGAUGAGAGUCAUCCAAUCAUCCUCUCGUAUUCCUCGUCCUUUGCACGACUACUGGUUCGUUUCACCCAUCGUAUAUCCUUACAUGGGGGUAACCAAGUCGUCAUGCGGCUGAUCCGUUCCAGAUUCUGGAUUCCAAAAUUGAAGGUCCUCGUUAAAUCCACCAUCAACUCCUGCAAGGUUUGCGUCAUCUACAGGAAGAGAUUGCAGGCCCAAAUGAUGGGGGACUUGCCCAAGGAAAGGGCGUCCUACUCGAGACCUUUCACGCACACUGGACACGAAGGCGAUCCACUUGGGGCAACAUCGGAUCUCACGACGGAGAAAUUCCUGGCCGCAUUCUCCCGUUUCAUCGCACGGCGCGGGUGUCCACACCAAAUGUACUCGGACAACGGGAAAACCUUCGUUGGAGCUGACAAGAUGAUCUCCAACGACUUCUUGGAAGCGACGAGGGACUGCAUCAUCGCACAACACGCCCACAAGAGCCUAUCCUGGCACUUCAACCCGCCGGGCGCCCCGCAUAUGGGUGGAUUAUGGGAAGCCGGCGUAAAGAGUUUUAAGGCACUCUUUUACAAGGCGACAUCCACCUCGAAAUAUACGUUCGAAGAGUUGUCCACUCUGCUCGCUAAGAUCGAAGCCUGCCUGAAUUCGAGGCCGAUUUCCCCUAUGUCCGAGGAUCCGUCGGAUUUACUAGCGCUCACUCCUGGCCAUUUCCUCAUAGGUGGCCCUCUUAUUUCGGUGUUGGAACCACCAAUUAACCAACCGGCCACCUCCAUCCUCAAUCGAUGGCAGCGACUGAAGGCUCUCCACCAACAAUUUUGUUUCCGUUGGAAAGAUGAGUACCUGAAGGAGCUGCACAAACGGACGAAAUGGCAAUCCCUACCCGGAACCUUCGGAUCGGUGACAUGGUCGUCAUAA